GUGAAGAGAAUUCCCCAAAGCAUUUAUUCUUUUGUUUAGAGCAGCCUGUCAAGCACUUUCUAUCUCUCUUUCUCUCUGGCACUCUCUCCCUCCGCCACAUCUUCUUCCUGGGCAGAGAGAAAGCUCUGACAAAUAAAGGGUAAAGGAAAGCCCACAGAAGCAUACAGGACUCCCCUAACAUGCUCACUGCUGGAGGGAGAAAGGAGGGGACCUGUCAGCCUGCAGAAAUCCAGCUGCCUUUCCGAAUCUGUUCACUUUGGUAGGAACCUGUGAAUGGCUUGGGCAAACUGACGACUGACGGUUUCCUGUAUAUCCGCAAGGGGGGUACAAAGUCUUUACCAAGCUCCCUGUCCUGGAAGGCUUUUGGGAAGGGGCAAGUGAAUGCACUGAGGAGUAAAAAGAAUAGAACGGUAGGGCUUCUGUGUCCAGACGCAGAGUAUUGUGGAGAAUCGUUGCAGGUGAGACCCUGUUUCCCUACACACAGAAUCUUGCCUGCGUAUGCACGGCUUAUCCUGAGCUUGCUUUAGCUGUGAGCUCCGGUCCCUCUGACCAGCUUCUGGAUGUGACUCUGCCAGCCCUCCCCCUACUCCACUUUGCCCCUCGCCCUUUCUUCCCUUUAUUGUCAAUGCCUGCCUGUCUGAUGAAUGGGUGAUCUUUUUUUGCAAGGAUCAGCAUUUGAUGAGCCCCAGGAGCCUGAGCUCCCUUUCCCCCCAAACCUAAAGACUGAACUGAAAGGUGGUUGUUAAGUCGCCUGAGAAGACCACUGAAGAACACGGUGAUGAAACUGUGUGUGUUGUGGUGAAAGAAGUGGGGGUGAUUUGGAGAGAAGGGAUGGGCAGCUCUGACUAUGUAACAAGAGGGAACAAGCAAGCAGGGGUACGAGAAACAUAGAAGUGUGUGUCUUUGGAAAAGGGAUGCCACUUGUGUAUUGUUUAGAAACAACUGCCUGGGAGUCAUUCAGAAAGAAGAAGCAGAAAUUAUGACAAGGAGCUUUCACACUAAAAAAGGAAAUGGACUUUUAAGCUUUUAAUGGGUGCAUGCUUGUAUGCGAAUGGAGAAGUAGUAGCCUGCGUGCCAUUGUGCUAAGAUUCCAAAGGAGAAGAGAAAUUUCACUACUUCAGUCUCCAGACAAUAUCUAACACCUUUUUAUUAUAUCACUACUCUGUUGGGAAUGGAUUUUUGCAUUUGGUGCUGCGAGAUUUUGCAAUGCAAAUUUUUUUGCAAAAUAAAUUCCAUUAGCAUUUGAAGCUUUCUCGCUGUUUUGGAGGAAAUUUUGCAUCUGCAUUUUUUCUUUUUUUUAAAAAAAAAAAAUCUGUUCUGGAUGACUCAAAUAGUCUUUUUCUAGGAUGUAGCUGCCUGUGGAUCUACACAAAUACAUUCCAUCGGCCUUCUGGGAUGGGCUGUAUGAACUUUAGAAAAGCCAGCUUGAUUGCUAAGCAUUUACAACUUGCACUUGGCAAGCAGCAGGAGAACCAACAAUCCUCUUGAUCUCUGGUGGCCUUUCCUUACGUUGACCUCAGUCGUUGGAGUACAAUGGUGUCAUAAGUGGGAGAAGACUUUUGAGCUGAAACCCUUAAGGAUAUUUACAUGUGUUGUUUAUUUUGUCACAAGUGGAAAAUAUUUGAUUGUUGGGAUGGGGUAUAAAGCUGGGUAAGGGUGGCACCAUAGCGUAGACCAUAGCUGACUUCCCUCUAAAAGCUUUUUGCCAUGACUGGCUGCCACUACCCUGCUCCAGGUUUGGAGAGGGACCGGAUCUAUCAGCAUAAAGUCUCACUGGUUGUGCGCUACUUCAUGAUCCCUUGUAACAUAUGCCUGAUCCUGCUUGCCACUUCCACGCUUGGAUUUGCCGUCCUGCUGUUCCUGAAUAACUAUAAACCUGGCCCUGUCCCUAAUGCUCAGCCAACUCUACAAGAUGUGUGCCGAGGAAUGCUCUGCGGAUUUGGCGCAGUAUGUGAGAAAAGCAGCACCGACCCAUCUCAGGCAACCUGCAUCUGUAAGAAAACCGCCUGCGCCUCCAUUGUUGCCCCUGUGUGCGGUUCCGACUAUUCUACUUACAGCAAUGAGUGUGAACUGGAGAGAGCCCAGUGCAACCAGCAGAGGAGAAUCAAAGUCAUCAGCAAGGGGCCAUGCGGCACCAAGGACCCAUGCUCAACAGUGUCGUGUAGCUAUGGCAGUACCUGUGUCCGCUCAACAGAUGGCCAGACGGCAAAGUGUAUCUGUCCUGCUACCUGCACAGGGGUUCCAGAAAAUGUUGUUUGUGGCAGUGACGGCAAAGAUUAUCACAAUGAGUGUCAGCUUAACAAGCAGGCAUGCGACAAUCAGGAGAAUCUCUACAAGAAGUUUGAUGGGCGUUGUGAUCCAUGCAGAAUUGCCAUGAAUAAUCAAAACAAAGCAUGUCGAGUAAACCCACGAACUAGGCAACUGGAAAUGCAAUACCGACCAGAAUACUGCCCAGUCCGCAGAGAUCCUGUUUGCGCAGAUGACGGUGUGACUUAUGACAAUGAUUGUGUAAUGACUCGAUCUGGAUUCAUCCGUGGCAUUGAACUGCAGAAGGUGCACUCAGGGCAGUGCCAACCGCAAGACAAAUGCAAGGAGGACUGUAAACACAAUUCUGUGUGUCUUAACCGGAGAGGUGUGACGCGUUGUUCUUGCGACCGUGUUACUUGUGAUAGCACUUACAAACCAGUCUGUGGUGGGGACAGUCGCACGUAUGCCAAUGACUGCGAGAGACAAAAGGCAGAAUGCUUUCAGAAAGCUACCAUUCCAGUAAAACACAAAGGCCCAUGUGAUCUCCAUUCCCCCAGUCCAUGCCUGAACACAACCUGCAGUUUUGGAGCAGCAUGUGUAGUAAAAAACAAGAAGGCAGUAUGCGAAUGCCAGCAGGUGUGCCAGGCAGUAUAUGACCCAGUGUGUGGCAGUGAUAAGCGCACUUACGGCAACCCAUGUGAACUGCAGUCAACAGCCUGCACGCUUAAAAAAGAAAUAACCAUUUUACACAAGGGGCCUUGUGACCGCUGUGGGAAAUGCCAGUUUGGAGCCAUCUGUGAAGCAGAGACUGGCCGCUGUGUAUGUCCAACAGAAUGUGUGCCUUCCGCUCAGCCUGUUUGUGGCACUGAUGGAAAUACAUACGAAAGCGAGUGUGAGCUCCAUGUACGAGCAUGCACUCAGCAGAUUAAUCUACAAGUUGCAGCCCAAGGAGACUGCAAAACCUGUGGCAAUACUCUUUGUACUUUUGGUGCCAAAUGUGUGAACAACCAGUGUGUGUGCCUAACAUGCGAGCGGCAACCCUACCUACCAGUGUGCGGCAGCAAUGGCGUCACUUAUGAUAACCAAUGUGAACUGAAAGCUGCAUCCUGUAAGCAGAUGAAGCUGAUUGAAGUAUCUCGGGCAGGAUCUUGUGAAGACGAAUGCGGCUCUGGCACUGACGGUUCUGGUUCUGGUGAGGACAGCGAGUGUGAGCAGGAUCGAUGCAGGCGCUAUGGUGGCUCAUGGGAUGAAGAUGCAGAAGAUGAUCGCUGCGUCUGUGACUUUACCUGUCAUGCUGUGCUUCGAAUUUUGGUCUGUGGAUCGGAUGGCAUUACCUACUCUAAUGAGUGUGAGCUAAAGAAAACUCGGUGUGAGAAACGUCAGGAUCUGUAUGUGGCUGGACAGGGUGCCUGUCGAGCUGCCACCACCAGCUCUCCUCCUUUGGUGCCACACUGCAGUCACACUGUGUAUGGCUGUUGUCCUGACAAUAUCACAGCUGCCCUUGGCGUUGGCCUUGCCGGAUGCCCAAGCAGCUGUCAGUGCCACCAGUAUGGCUCCUAUGGAGGAACCUGUGAUCCCACCACUGGUCAGUGUUCUUGUAAACCAGGCGUGGGGGGACUGAAAUGCGAUAGAUGUGAGCCCGGGUUUUGGAACUUCCGGGGCAUUGUUACGGAUAAGAAAAGCGGCUGCACCCCAUGUAACUGUGACCCAGUUGGUGCCGUUCGAGAUGACUGUGAGCAAAUGACAGGACUUUGUUCUUGCAAAACGGGAAUCUCAGGUUUGAAGUGCAGCCAGUGCCCUGAUGGACGCAAGCCUGGCCUUACAGGCUGUGAGAAAGAUCCUUCAGCUCCUAAAUCUUGUGAUGCCAUCAAGUGCCAAUUUGGUGCAACUUGUGUGGUAAUUGGAGGAUUUGCUCAUUGCGAGUGCCCAUCUCCCCUGUGUGCUGAGGCGAAUCUGACAAAGGUCUGUGGUUCCGAUGAUGUGACUUACGGAGACUGGUGCCAACUGAAAACCAUUGCUUGCCGUCAGGGCCGCACUAUCACAGUGAAGCACACUGGUCCGUGCCAAGAAACUGUCACUCAUGCCAACCUUCAGACAUUGAGUCCAACAGGAACACCCUCUCCGCCCAUAGUUCGGACUCUUCCAACUCCAGGAACCACAAAGAUAACAAAGACCAAGAAAAAGACAGAUUCCUUCCAGUUAGUUUUAGAAGCCACAUCGCUCAGCCCAUUUUCCAGCACCACAAUGAGACCUGUGACCCAGACGCAUAGAGCUCACACUUCUACUGUCAGGCCAGCAAUCACUAUUCCCACAGUCCAUCCCACUGUGCUUCAGAUUUAUGAUGAAUCAGGAAGUGGAAGUGGGGAUGAGGAGCUAGAAGCUAGCGGUGAUCAAGAUUUAAGUGGUGUUGAACCCAAAGAGCCAUUUGAUGUGGAGAAUGAACAGAAGGAAGAAGCUGAAGAGAAGAGAGAUUUUGUAGCCACCACGGUCAUAGAAAGAGCCAGCUGCUAUAACACACCUCUAGGAUGCUGCUCUGAUGGAAAGACCCCAGCUAAUGAUGCUGAAGGAACAAAUUGCCCAAAAACCAAAAUUUUCCAAGGUGUCCUCAUUAUUGAAGAGUUGGAGGGGCAAGAGGUUUUCUACACACCAGAAAUGUCAGAUUACAAGUCUGAGCUCUUUGGGGAAACUGCUAGAAGCAUUGAGAAUGCACUGGAUAAUCUACUUCGAAAUUCAGACAUCAAGAGGGAUUUCAAGAGCAUCCGUGUGAGGGACCUUGGACCAAGCAAUUCCAUCAGAGCCAUUGUGGAAGCACAUUUUGAUCCAGCUACCACCAUGUCUGCUAUGGAUGUUCAGAGAGCAUUGCUGCGACAGCUCAAGAGCUCCAAGAAGAGAGCAAUAACCAUAAAGAAGCCUAUUCAGGAAAAUGUCAAGUUCCUGGACUUUGGUGAGAUCCCUGACUGGGUGCCUCUAAUGGUUACAACCACAACUACAACGGCAGCAACCACUAGCAUGGUAGCUACUACUGCUGUUGCCCCCACCACCACAACCCCUGUAGUCGCUACCACAACAACUGUGGCAAGAACUCCACUACCUAGAAGAAUAGUUGCAGUCAAGACCACCCCUGUGACAAUCACUCAGCAACCUGUCACCACUCCAAGAAUGACAACAAGACGACCAGUAACUACAAAAAGACCAAUGACCACUAUUCCUGCCACCACCAGGAGAAAGCCACCACGUAUUCAAGCAGUCACAAAAAAGCCACCCCGGCCAUGUGAAUCACACCCUUGUCUACAUGGAGGUACUUGUGAGGAUAAUGGGAAGGAUUUCACCUGUAGCUGCCCAGCUGGCAGAGGAGGAGCUGUGUGCGAGAAGAGUAUUAAGUAUUUUAUUCCUGGGUUUGGUGGUAAGUCAUACCUGGCAUUCAAGAUGAUGAAGGCAUAUCAUACAGUGCGCAUAGCCAUGGAGUUCCGAUCCUCUGAGCAGAACGGGCUUCUCCUAUACAAUGGUCAGUCACUUGGGAAGGACUUUAUCUCACUUGCAGUUAAUAAUGGCUUUGUGGAACUCAGGUUUAAUACUGGAUCUGGAACUGGAAUAAUAACUAGUAAAGUGCCCAUUGAACCUGGCAAGUGGCAUCAGUUAGUAGUGAACCGUAACAGACGCAGUGGCAUGUUGUCUGUGGAUGGUGAAUCCCAUGUCAAUGGUGAAAGUCCAUCUGGAACCGAUGGCCUCAACCUAGACACAGACCUGUUUAUAGGAGGAGCUCCUGAGGACCAGAUGGCUGUGGUAUCAGAAAGGACCUCUUUGUCUGUGGGGCUUAAAGGCUGCAUCCGACAACUUGAUGUGAACAACCAACUAUACAACCUUCAAGAGGGAGGGGCUGAUGUCUUGUAUGGAAGUGGGGUGGGAGAGUGUGGAAACAACCCUUGCCAGCCCAACCCAUGCCAUAAUGGUGCUGCAUGCCAAGUAAAGGAGGCUGAAAUGUUCCACUGCCAGUGUCUUAGUGGUUAUACAGGGCCAACCUGUGCAGAUGAACGGAACCCAUGUGACCCCAACCCCUGCCACGUUUCUGCUACCUGUUUGGUUCUACCUGAGGGAGGUGCUAAAUGUGAAUGUCCAAUGGGCAGAGAGGGAGAGUUUUGUGAGAAAGUGAGCAACCAGGAUCUGAAUUUGCCAUUCUUACCUCAGUUUAAUGGAUACUCUUACUUGGAAAUGAAGGGACUACAGACAUUUGCCACUGACCUACAGGACAAGCUUGCCAUGGAAGUAGUGUUCCUAGCCAGCAACCCCAAUGGCCUCAUCUUCUAUAAUGGGCAGAAAACUGAUGGAAAAGGAGAUUUUGUGUCACUGUCCCUUCAUGAUGGCAAUCUAGAAUACCGUUACGAUCUCGGAAAGGGAGCUGCUGUCAUCAAGAGUAAGGAAAAGAUUCCACUCAACACAUGGCUCAGCGUCUCCCUUGAGCGUAGCGGCAGGAAGGGAUUGAUGCGGAUCAAUAACAUGGAACAAGUUACUGGGGAAUCACCGAAAUCCCGUAAGGCACCACAUACCGCUCUCAAUCUGAAAGAGCCUCUAUUUGUGGGUGGAGCUCCAGAUUUCAGCAAAUUAGCCAGGGCAGCGGCUGCCUCUACAAGCUUUGAAGGAGCCAUUCAGAAGAUUUCCAUUAAGGGGCUGCCUGUUUUGAGAGAAGAAAACAUCCGCAGUGCCAUUGAGAUCUCUACUUUCCGCAGCCAUCCUUGUACCAAGAAACCCUUCCCUUGCCAGAAUGGGGGGCUUUGUUCUCCUAAUAAAGGCAACUAUGAGUGUGUUUGCCAGAGGGGUUUCUCAGGCAGCCAGUGUGAAAAAGUGACCAUUGAGAAAGCAGCUGGAGAGUCUGAGGCAGUAUCAUUUGAUGGCAAGACUUACUUGGAAUAUCACAUUGCUGUAACCAAAAGCCAACUAACUAACGAGAUACCUGAAACUGGUCCUGUGGACAAUCCAGAUGACCCCAGUGAAAAGGCGCUGCUAGUCAACCAAUUUGAGCUGAGCAUCAAGACUGAAGCCACUCAGGGUCUCAUCCUGUGGAGCGGGAAAGGGACAGAACGUGCCUAUUAUAUUGCCUUGGCUGUAGUUGGAGGUUAUGUUGAGAUGACCUAUGACCUGGGCUCCAAGCCUGUUGUCCUACGAUCCACAGUACCUGUGAACACCAACGAGUGGAUUCACAUCAAAGCUGUACGAGACAACCGAGAUGGCAUUUUACGAGUUGGCAAUGAGGACCCCGUCCAUGGAUCCUCUCCUUUUGGAGUCAAAGAGCUGGACACUGAUGGAGCCCUAUGGCUGGGUGGAAUAGAAAAGCUGAGUGCCUCAUACAAGCUGCCCAAAGCGUACAGCACGGGAUUCAUUGGCUGCAUGAAGGACGUUCUGGUGGACCAACAAGACCUGCACUUAGUGGAAGAUGCAUUGAAUAAACCACCCAUAUUGUACUGCUCAGCCAAAUAAUCGGGGACCCAUUUCCCUUUCUCCUUCUCACCUACCCCCUUUCCAUCCUCUCCCCGCCCAUUCACUGCUGUAAUUAUUUUCUAUUUUUGUAAACUUAUUGCUUUUUAUAUUUUGCGUGUGGGGGGAGGAAGGAGAAGGCAGUGUGUGUAUGUGCUUGUGUGCGAGUGCUUCAGUCAUGCAACCAGACCAAAAUCUCACCUAGAGUUAUGGAUACAAAGGCAUUUACGUAAGUGAGACAUGAUACCAUCCACAGGCACUGUUGAUGGUAAACCAUUAGGAUAUACAAAUCAGGGAUUAUCAGACAUGUAUUGAACAUUCUGUGCAGAAGUUUCAUUGUUCUCUAAGAAAUAGGUAGCAGCAUCUUUGCCCCCAGCGGUUGCACCUUCUGUGUUGUAUGUGUGUGAGUGCAUGCGUUUAACCCUCGGUCUUUCUGACAUGGUGCGUUGAGCCUAGGCAGUGCACUCUUCAAUAUUUUUUUUUCAGACUGGAUAGGAAGCCCUGCUGCCAGCUGCUUUGCAUGUUGGAGAUCCAUUGGCUGUGCAAAGAGGAGGAGCUAGGGAUCCUGUUUUUAAUCGUGGCCUUCUUGUUCUAAUGAGCUUCUGUACUGGAUCUUCCAUACCCAUGCCCCUUAGCCUACCUAUCUGUCUCUGUAUUCUAGUUCUCUAUACUUGAUAAAGGAUUGAAGCCCUAAAGAGGUUUCCAAUGCAAAGCCUGUAGGUUUUACAUUCCUAUUCUGAUCUCUUAUGAUUAAUCAGAAUCACUUUUUUCACUAGACAGAAAGGUAAUGGGGUUUAGACUGAUUCGUUUAAAUGGAAGGUUAUAGUUGGUUUAUUGUGAUUCCAGUGAAGUCUUCUAAAAAAAUUCCUUGGUGCUCCUGAAUUGUCAGGAUCCAGGGAAAGACUUAAUCCCUUCUAGGACAGGGUGUUUAUUAAAUGCUGGAAAUAAUGCAUUUUAAUUUUUUUAUGUUUUAAGUUUGUGCUGAUCUGAUUUAAUGCUGGCAUUGUUGUUCUUAGCCACCUGACUGCCAGCAAGGUUUACACUUUGUUUCAUAGACAAGUGCCCAGUGCUUGGUGUAUCCAGUGCUGUUUACAUUCUUUGAAAAUCUAGAUUUUUACUUUAUACUUCAUAUCCCCCAAAAGACCAGAAUGCCCAGAAGUGCCUGGGAGUCUAGGGAGCCCAGUGGGGACUAAUGAGUAGUUUCAGUUCAUCUGAAUAUUCCUUGAAUUCCAGCAAAAUAAUUUUGCUGUGAGACCCAUAGGCUUCUAACUUUAACCACCAUGAUUUACCACUAUAUGCUUCUUUUAUGGUAUUUGCUUUUUAUGCAUCAAUAAAUUCUAAAACCAGUUGCACCUAGAGUAAAUCAGUUAUUCCAACAUGUUGGUGGCCAGACAGCUUGAAAGAAACAGGACCAAUAGCCCAUUUGUAACCAGAGCGAGACACUUACAAGGCAAAUCUUAUUAAUAAGGUGACCUUUUCUAUCUAUAUAUAUAUAUAUGUGUUCUUUUAGAUACCAUAUUAAGGCAGCUGUAUAUUUGGAAGUAUUCAUAUCCAAGAUCCCAUACAGCUUGCCAGAAAUAUAUAAACAUCAUCAUAUUAAUUACCAUCUGAUAAUAUCUUUGCCAUAAAUAAUCAGAUAAGACAUUGUUGUGUCAUGCCCUUAUGCUAUGCGAAUUAAGAGAACAAUUUUAAGAUAUAAACUUUCAGAUUUCAUUUCCACACAUAAGUUUUUGUCGGUCUCCACAUUUUAAACAUACCUUAUAUUUGCUACCUGACUGUGCCCAGGAUGAGCAUAUGGGCAGAGAGACAGAAACUGCUAUUGUGAUACUUACUCCUGUAAAACAAAGUGUUACUGCUCAAAGAAGCAGUUAAUAUCUGUAGUGUAGUACUACUCUAAUCAUCCUUACACAUCAUUUAAACACAUGGGCAUUCAUUGUUAUAGUUCCCUUACUGACUCCAUUACAGGUGACAUAGCCUAAAUGGCUACAGGGAAGUGGCCUGCAAGAAACCUGGAAUGAAAGACAGAAGUAGCAGUUUGCAGACAGAGGCCUUACUAUAGCAACAUAUUAUGGAACUAAACCAUUUUUAUGGCAUCUCCUUCUGUAGCUGAGUUUUAGAAUAUGAUUUGUCACACACGUUUCUUUUUUUGGCCAAUCGUUAUGCGGGAAGUGAUUUGCUUUUUUCACCACCGCUGCUGCAAAUGCUCAUUUUUAGGCUAAAAUCCAGGCAUUUCUCCACUGGAAGAUAAACGCUUUAUAAUGACCCUUGAUUAUAAAAGUUUUAGCCUAAUGUGGCAACAGACUUUGUAGAUGGGAGAAGAAAUUGCAAAGGCAAACUUAAUGGGCAAGUUCAUGAAUUAUAUUAUACAUGGUUAAGUGAUAUCUGUACAACUACACAUUUUGUAGGUCUCUAUUAAAAUGAUAUCUUUUUUGUGUCUCUAUUUUUAAGGUACUAUAUUCUUCCCAGGUGAUUCUAGUUAGAUAGAACAAAAGAAUAUUAUUAUUUUAGUUUGUACCCCACUGUGCUUCCAGUUCUAUAGGGCUCAUUUGCAAGCACAAGUGCAAAGUACAAUUUUGGGUGCAAUUCGCCAUGUUUUUUUCCCACAAUUUCAGCAUCAUUGCGGCCAUGCACAACCUUGCAUCUACAACAACCAAUACAUCAAAACAAACACAAUUGUGCAAGUGUCCGUUCAUGAAUCAGGUGCAAGUAAUAGUUAAAAUGUUCAUAGUGGGGAUAGCGUCACUUUGUCAGUGUCGCCCCUACCUAUUGACACAAUAUGCCAAAAGAACCCUGGAGCUACCAUUAGUUGAGUUGUGGUAGCUCCAGUGUUUCCCAGUGUCAGAAAUAGUACACAAUUCUCCAUAAGGGGUGGGUCAAAUAAACGGAUGCUCAACGCAAGUGUGCGGAAGUGCAAGGAGCAGCUUUAGAUGCAAGUACCUUUAAUGAAGGUCAGAGUGAUUUUUGCAUGAUUGCAACUGCAGUUGUGCUUUGUAAAUGAGCCUUUAUAUAUUUAAUCAGGUUCUGCUAUAUUUGUGCUGUGGAAAUGAAUAACCCACUAGCUGUGUGAGAGCAUGAUGGUUGUUGUAGAUGAGUGGUACAAGAUGGCUAUCCUUCCUCUGUGCCCUCCAGCCUAAGACAGUAAAGUCAACCUGUUCAGCUUUUGUUGACUGUAGCUCCCUUUGUCCUCUUUCAUAUUAAGGCUACAUGAUGUUGGAAACCCUGUUUAUUACAUUUUUAGAAGAUGCGACUGUUGUUUGCUUGCUGUUUGACUUUGUGCAUGUGAAACUAUAUUAUUGGGUCACAGUCUGGUCACUUGAGGUAUUGCCAACUUGUUGACAAGAAGAGGAGUCUGCGUGGCACUGUCCUUGUCUCAUUGUAGUCUAAGGCCGAGGUCAUGUUGUAAUAGAAUCAAUUCGCUGCUGUAUAUACACCUCUUUGUUUUCCUAUGAAGAGGAGUGGGGUACUAGAAUCUUAUUGCGUAUGCGUGUGUGUUGGCCUAAUUGUGAGCCUGAUCCUUCUUCUUGGUAUGUCUGUAAUUCUUACCCAGUGACCCAUUAUGAAAAUAUAUAUAUAUAUUUAUAUGCAGUAAAUUCCUCUUGUAUGCACAGCAUUUGGACUUUCUGGUGAAGACAGAAGCUGCAUACCUCCUGACUUGCAUUAAUACACAUUAUGUUUCUGAUCUUCAUAAUUUUUUGUUCUUUAUUUCCUUACUGUAAAACUGUCGCUGUUUCAUGCUUUGUGUGUAGAAUGAAUUGGAUGGGCUAAUUAAAGCAAUAGCAGAGCACUGCAGCUCUUCAACCUCAUGUUCUACAGGCAUUUAGGAUUCUUGUCUUCAAGCAGCGCCAGUCAGUGUCCUUAACCAGUGCUGGCAGGUUUAAGAGCCGGUAUUGUUGUAGUGGAAACAACACACUGGGACUUGGGUUGCUCUUCACCUUCCCAAGCUUAUAACCUGUUGGUCAUACAAAACCAACAGAUUCUCACUAUUAAAGCUCAGAGGUAAAACAUCAAUGUAGGAUCUUUUAGUUGGUGCUAUUCAUGUACAUAAAAUAGAGACCAAAACUAUUUGGGGGUCCUGUGAGUGGAGGUAUAAGAGGGCAUUAUAGCACAGACCAAACUCCAUGGUGUGACAACUACCCGUGUGCAUACAAGUGGAAUUGAUUGUGUAUGGAGGUAGUUAUUGUGUCCUGAUCUGGACAUUCCACUUUAGUCUAGGAAUGGAGGGAUGGGAGGGUUAAGCUAUUUAAUACAAAGGGCUUGGAUUAUGUGAUGGUAUCCUAGAUGUGCCAGAGAACAAAACGGGGACACAGUUGUGUCCUGGCUUAAUAAAGCAUAGAUUGUGCCCUUAAACACAUGCCUUUCACUUUGUCAUUUUUAACAGUGCACAAUUUGAUUUUCCCAAUGACAAAGUCAUUUUAAUGGGCAGACUAGACCGAAUCUUUUUUUAUAUAUUUAUCUUCAAUUUUACCUUUUUCAGUCAUUUAUUUAGCUAUACAAAUUACAAUCAUUUGACUAAUUUUCUCUCACCAUCUUGUACUAGAGAAAGAAUGAGAUUUAUAAUUCGCUACUGAAUAGAAUGUGGUGUACAUAUUGUUAGGGCCAUUUCAUUGUAUAACUGAGACUAGGCACUGUUGGGUGAGGAAUUUCAUAUUUGCCACCUGCUGACUACUGUAGCCUCCUUUCAGUAUUAUUAUAUAUGUUUCCUCUUAGUCUUGCUGGCUUUUAUAAUCAGAGAUCAUGUUUUUCGAACAAAUCCAGUUCAUAAGCUGUCUGCCCUGCCUUCGGUACAACUGGUCACCAACUGAUCUGCCACAUUCAGAUGUUGUGCACUUACAUUUCAGUUUUAUGGUUUAUACUAGCGUUUAUAUUCACCAUGUAAAAAAAACAAACAAACCUUUUUUAUUUUAAUUUAUGUCUGUCAUUACAUCACAGUUUUAGGGUAGUAAAUCCGCUGUGAUCUGCUGUAGGAGUCUUGGAGGACUGUGCACAGUAUACAGUACAGCAUGUUAUAACCAUUACUAACUUUAUUACUCGUCUUUUGUCCAAUCACCACAAAAUAAAGUCUGAAUACUAUUUAAAA